CCGUGGAAGCCGGGGGCGGGGCCGCCGGAGGGAUGAAGUGGGGGCGCUGGGUUCUCCAGCCUCACCGGUAGCGCCCGAGCGCCGGGGAAGAGCGCACCCAGCGUGGGGCCGGCUCGCAGACCUCUGACCCUGGAGUCUCUCGGCCGCCGGGAGCCGUCCGCGUGGGUCGUCGCCCGGGCCGCCCGCCGUUCCCCGGCCCUGAGGGGCCCGGCCGGCCGCGGUGGGAGAAGAGGUCAGCAUGAGCCGGGGGGUCCGGCGGGCCGGCGCGGGGCAGGGGGCGGCGGUCGCCGUGCAGCUGCUGGUCACCCUGAGCUUCCUCCCGAGCGUCGUCGAGGUCCAGGUCACAGGAGUCCUGGAUGAUUGCUUGUGUGAUAUUAAUAGCAUUGACAACUUCAACACUUUCAAAAUCUUCCCCAAAAUGAAAAAAUUGCAAGAGAGAGAUUAUUUUCGUUAUUAUAAGGUCAAUCUGAAGCGACCAUGUCCUUUCUGGGCAGAAGAUGGUCAUUGUUCAAUAAAAGACUGUCAUGUAGAGCCCUGUCCGGAGAGUAAAAUUCCAGUUGGAAUUAAAGCUGGAAGUUCUAAUAAGUAUUUGAAAGUGUCAAACAAUACCAAAGAAUUUGAAGACUGUGAGCAAGCUAGUAAACUGGGAGCAAUUAACAGCACAUUAAGUAAUCAAAGCAAAGAAGCUUUCAUUGACUGGGCAAGAUAUGAUGAUUCACAAGAUCACUUUUGUGAACUUGAUGAUGAGCGAUCUCCAACUGCUCAGUACGUGGACCUGUUGCUGAACCCAGAGCGUUACACUGGCUAUAAAGGGUCUUCUGCGUGGAGAGUGUGGAAUAGCAUCUAUGAAGAAAACUGUUUCAAGCCUCGGUCUGUUUAUCGUCCUUUAAAUCCUUUGGCACCCAGCCGAGGAGAAGAUGAUGGAGAAUCAUUCUACACCUGGCUAGAAGGUUUAUGUCUGGAGAAAAGAGUCUUCUAUAAACUUAUAUCAGGACUUCAUGCUAGUAUCAACUUACAUCUUUGUGCAAAUUAUCUUUUGGAAGAAACCUGGGGUAAACCUAGGUGGGGACCUAAUCUCAAAGAAUUUAAACGCCGCUUUGAUCCUGUGGAAACCAAGGGAGAAGGCCCAAGAAGACUGAAGAAUCUCUACUUUCUAUAUUUAAUUGAACUUCGAGCUUUAUCAAAGGUGGCUCCAUAUUUUGAGCGUUCAAUUGUCGAUCUUUAUACUGGAAAUGUAGAAGAUGAUGCUGACACAAAAACCCUUCUACUAAAUAUCUUUCAAGAUACAAAGUCCUUUCCCAUGCACUUUGAUGAGAAAUCCAUGUUUGCAGGUGACAAAAAGGGGGCCAAAUCAUUAAAGGAGGAAUUCCGGUUACAUUUCAAGAAUAUCUCUCGUAUAAUGGACUGUGUUGGAUGUGACAAAUGCAGGUUAUGGGGGAAAUUACAGACUCAAGGUUUAGGAACUGCCCUGAAGAUACUGUUUUCUGAAAAAGAAAUACAGAAGCUUCCAGAACACAGCCCAUCUAAAGGCUUCCAACUCACUCGGCAGGAAAUAGUUGCUCUUUUAAAUGCUUUUGGAAGGCUUUCUACAAGUAUAAGAGAAUUACAGAAUUUUAAAGUCUUAUUACAACACAGUAGGUAAUAAAAGCUUUAGUAGGUCUAGGUAGAGACGUAACCUGACUCUGUGAAGCCUUUUAGUCUUGGACAUUCAAAGGAGACUAAUCUUCAAGGACUUCAAGAAUCCAGUCAAAAAGAAAAUUCAAAUGUUCACUUGAAUAUUUAUGGUUUUUAGUAGAUUAUAAAUUAGAGCUAUUUAUAAUUGAAGUAUAUACUUUUAAAACCUCUAAGUUAUAUUAAUUGUGUUUAAUUUCAUGUUUCCAUUUGUUGAGUACUCUGCUGUUGUAUCUGUUUAGAAUCAGUUUUGCUCUCAUCCUUUUAUCUGCUAUUUCCAGUGUCAAACUUAAAUGCCUGUGCAUCUCCAUCUUCUAACACUCUUUAUUGUCUGACUAGAAAGGGAGGGCUAAGGCACAAAUGUUGCUUAAGGUGUUAUCAAUGAUAAAAAUUUAUCAGUUUAUUUUCAGCCUACUAUAAGUUAUGUUUGUGUCAUCUUUUGUAAUACAAAACUAUCGGUAUGGUCAUUGGCCCUUUCAGUGUGUAGUUAGACAAGUUAUGUAAGAAUCCCCGGGCUUCCGUUUCAUUGAUUUCAGGUUUUGAAUUGCUGCUGCUAUGUUAUUGUUACUUUGUUUUGGUGUAUAGGACCUAGGGCCUAAUUUGUUAACAGUAAAUAAGUACUGUGCCCUAAGAUACCCCGCCAGAUUUCAUGUGUGGGUGGUAUGCUAUCAAGAUUAUUUACUUAGAACCUGUAUGUCAAUCUUUGAUCUUAUGUUUCUUUUUAUUUUAUAUAUUCUGUCCCUAUUUCAAUUCUAGAAAUUUCCAUUUAAGAAAGCAAAGAUGGCAUAAAUACUUUGUUUCUAUCUUGAGAACAUAUGGAUGGUUCUUAUGUGGAUUUAUAAUGCCAGUUAAAAUCGUUAUAUACACCAAGAUUACCAUUUUGAAGUGUUCUUAAAGAAUUUUAUGUUAGAAUACAAUCUAUGCAAUCCUCUCAACUUGAUUUUCUUCUAUAAUUUAUGCUUCCUUAGAGAGUAUGUCUUCUUUAAGCUUACUGUUUCCUAACCUUUUCAUUCUAGUUCAUUGUAGAUAAUCUAGUUCAUGUAGAAUUUCAUGUGACAUGUAUCAACAGAUAGCUCAUAACUCCUAGACUGUUCUUUUCUAAACCUGGAUUUACAUGUACUUGAUAUUUAAAAUAUUCUUAUAAAGAUGUUCAUAGAUACAGUGUGAUUAAUUUAGAAGAAUGUGUCUGUGUAUAAGUGAUGCGGGUACUAAAUAGUUUUUCCUUAGACUCUUCAGUCUUUUAUAAAUAAGUGCUCUUAAACCCCCGUCUCAUCCCUGCCAAAGUUUGAAAUGUACUCAUUAAUGACUUAGUGGUGUAUUUUAAGCUUCAUUUAGCUAGUUCACCCCUCUUUUUAAAAAAUUUAGUCACCUUAUGGAGGAUGUGAUUGGAGAAGGUAAUAAGAUAUCACUAUUUUCUUACCUUAUUUCUAAACUUUAUAGACCCAGGGACUUCUUAUUGUUACUAAUUGUUAGGUGUCUUUUGUUUGGUUGAAUGGAAAAGGCUGGUUAAAGUUUAGCCUUCUCCACUUUUCAUUUUUAGAGAUGCAAAGAUUAUAUGUAAGGAAGGUGGACCCUUACUAGAAAAUUGUCCAAUAAGUGAAUAACCUUCCUAGUAAGUUAAUAUGAUUUAUUCUUGGUGUUAAAAGUUUAAGAAAAUGUGAAAGUUUUGCACUUUGUUAUUAUUCUAAGUUUAAAAAUCUUAGACUUAUUCUGUUUUACAGAUAAAGGCUUUUAGAUUAGAGAAAAUCCUUGGUCAUUUCUGUUGAUUGCUCUACUGUGAUUUAUUUAAAACAUAUAUAUAUGGUAUAUGUGUGUGUGUGUGUGUGUGUGUGUGUGUGUUCUGGAAAAUUAAAAGGGUCUAUUGUAAAGUUCAGGAUUUAAACUUUUCUACCAAGAAAAUAAGUAAAUGAAGUAUUCUUAAGCUAAAAUUUGACUUAAUUUUAUCAUAAGUUGUGAAGGGUAGCCUACAUUUUCAUGUAUGUGUGUAUAUCUUAAAUGACUGUAUAAACUGUAGGAAUGUUGUUUUUGAGCCUGGUGAUAUUUUAUAAUCUUUGUGAUAUAAACUAUUUUUCCAGUUCACAUACCUUUUGUUGUAAAAUGAUUUCAGAGGGUAAUGAUUACAUUGUGAAAAUACUUGGCUGGUAAUAUGUCUUGGCAUUUUGUUUUUAUCUCAUCACCUAAUUUAAAAAUCCAGCACUUGAUAAUAUAACUGACAGAAAUGAUUGUACCAGCUGAUGAAAUAAUGAAAGUGAAGAAAAGGAAAAUAUUCUGUCAAGAGCAUGAUUUAUUUUUCCUUAAGUGGCAUCUAUGUAAUUUAAGAAUAUUCUUAUAUUAAAAUUGGUCAAAUGUACAUGUUUCUUCUAUAUUGGUUCCUAGGUUAUGAGGAGGGUGAAAAAUUUCAAAAUUUCUGAAAUGUACUAAUCAAAUGUUUUUUUUGACAUCUUUAAGUUGUGAAUUAUUCAAUACUUUGUAAUGAGUGUGACAAUUAUGUAUAUGAAGUACUGUGCCAUAUCUUCCAACUUUACCUAGGUGCCAUUGUAAAUAAGAACAGCUAUUUUGAUCUUCAUCAGCACUGCCUUCAGCUGGAAAUUUGGAAACAGUUCACAGUAAACCUCUCAGCAGUUUACAAACUGAAGUACCUGCAGAAACCAUAGCUACUCACCAAAAUACACAGACUGAGCGCAUCGUAAUCACCAAAAUACAUAGACUGACUGCAGCAUCCCAUGGAAAUAAUUUGGUAAAACAAAACAGACAGACACAAACAUCUGUGUACUCUAAACAUCUACAGGUGCAUCUCUGAUAUUGAACAGAUGUCCAAAUAAUUUGCUAUUGUACCCACCAGAUUUGAGAAAUUGAAUUAAAGUUAAUGUUUCUGCAAGCUCA